AUGGUCCAGUUUGUCUGUAAUCUCACGGAGAAGGCCCUGGCACUGGUGAACACUGCUGUGACUUACUCAAAGUCUCGAAUGGCCACAUUUUGGCACUAUGCCAAGGUUGAGCUGGUUCCUCCAACCCCUGCUGAGAUCCCUACAGCUAUUCAGAGCUUGAAAAAAAUAGUCAAGAGUGCUCAAAUUGGUAGCUUCAAACAGCUCACAGUUAAGGAAGCUCUGCUGAAUGGUUUAGUGGCCACCGAGGUGUGGAUGUGGUUUUAUGUCGGUGAGAUCAUAGGCAAGCGUGGCAUCACUGGCUAUAAUGUUUGA